GCAGCCUGCCAAUGUAAUGUAAGGAGAAAAUAGAUUAAGUAAUCAGGAGAUCUGGGUUUAAGCCCUAGGUUUACUACCUGAGAAGUCUUGUACAAAUUAUUUAAGGAGGCUGUAGGGAAGGUUAAUGUCCUUUAUUGAGCAUUUACUGUGUCAUGUUCUUUACAUGUGUUAUUUCAUUUAAUACUUAUAAGAGUCCUUUAGAGUAGAUGUUAAUUUCCCCAUAGAGAUACUAUUUUUCCACUUUUUUGUAGAAGCUCAGUGACAGUAAAUAAUUUAACCAAGAUCACACAGUAGGUAUAGUAGAGCUGUGAUUCAAAUCAAAGGCUUUGAAUGCUUUUCUGAGUCUGUAUUUAAAGAAUGGAAAAGUAAAACAUCCAUCAUAAUACUUUUUUUUUUUUUUUUUUUUUUUGAGAUGGAGUUUCGCUCUUGUUGCCCAAUCUGGUGUGGAAUGGUGCGAUCUCGGCUCACUGCAUCCUCCGCCUCCUGGGUUCAAGCGAUUCUCCUGCCUCAGCCUCCCUAGUAGCUGGGACUACAGGCAUGUGGCUGGCUAAUUUUUGUACUUUUUUUAAGUAGAGACGGGUUUUCACCAUGUUGGUCAGGCUGGUCUCGAACUCCUGACUUCAGGUGAUCCACCUGCCUCGGCCUCCCAAAGUGCUGGGAAUACAGGUAUGAGCCACCGUGCCCGGCCCAUCAUAAUACUUACGUUGAUUACAUUGAGAAAAAGUAUGUGAAAAUGCUUUAAAAGGAUAAAGUACUCUUCAAUUGUUAACUUCUAUGCUAUUUUACAACAACAAUGAACAGAUGUUAUUAAGUUCCUAGGCAACUUGCUACUUUCUCUUUUUUUUUUUUGAGAUGGGGUCUCGCUCUGUCAUCCAGGCUGGAGUGCAGCUGCGCUAUCUCGGCUCAUUGCAACCUGCGCCUCCCAGGUUCAAGUGAUUCCCCCUCCUGAGCUUCCUGAGUAGCUGAGAUUACAGAUGCACGCCACCACGCCCAGCUACUUUUGUAUUUUUAGUAGAGACCAGGUUUCACCAUGUUGGCCAGGCUGGUCUUGAACCCCUGACCUCAAGUCAUCUGCCCAACUCGGCCUGCCAAAGUUCUGUGAUCACAUGCAUGAGCCACAGCACCCGUCCUCCUUCUAUUUCUUUUCUAACUUAUUUUUUGUCUCUUCCUCUGCUCUUAGGGUUAAUAAUCUUCACUUCUCUACCUAAAUUUUUUUCUUUCUUCAUUGUGUGUUGUUUUGGUACCUUGUUUUUUUCUGAGGUCAGAAAUAUUCCCAUCAGACGUUGUGGAGCUAUUUCUUGAUUGUGACUGUGUGUUUCAACCCUUACCUAUGAAGACGUUUGUUCAUCUAGCAAAUAUUUAUUGAAGACUCAUUAGAUGUUGGGAUACAAAGGGUUUCACUCCGUGGCCCAGGCUGGACUGCAGUGGUGCAAUCUCGGCUCACUGCAGCCUCCACCUCCCGGGUUCAAGCGAUUCUCGUGCCUCACCCUCCCGAGUAGCUGGGACUACAGAUUUCCAUGAGGACAACUUACAAGGACCUGUAUGGCCUCAUUUUAGCUGCUUCAGUGUGUUGGAGCUGUUACUUGCUCCUUCAUUUCCUGGGCCUGGUGUGACAGUGGCUACUGAGCGCCAUGAAGGUUGUCCCAGAAAAGAAUGCUGUCCGGAUACUCUGGGGGCGAGAACGGGGUGCUCGGGCCAUGGGGGCUCAGCGGCUUCUGCAGGAGCUGGUAGAAGAUAAAACACGGUGGAUGAAAUGGGAGGGCAAGAGAGUAGAACUGCCGGAUAGUCCACGCUCUACCUUCUUAUUGGCCUUCAGCCCAGACAGGACUCUCUUAGCCUCCACCCAUGUGAAUCAUAAUAUCUAUAUUACGGAGGUGAAAACUGGCAAGUGUGUUCAUUCCCUGAUUGGACACCGCCGUACUCCAUGGUGUGUCACUUUUCAUCCCACCAUCUCAGGCCUUAUUGCUUCUGGCUGCCUAGAUGGGGAGGUUAGGAUUUGGGAUUUACACGGUGGCAGUGAAAGCUGGUUCACAGAUAGCAACAAUGCCAUUGCCUCCCUGGCUUUCCACCCUACGGCUCAGCUCCUGCUGAUUGCCACUGCCAAUGAGAUCCACUUCUGGGACUGGAGUCGACGGGAACCCUUUGCUGUGGUGAAGACAGCUAGUGAGAUGGAACGGGUCCGUCUGGUGAGAUUUGAUCCACUUGGACACUACUUACUCACAGCAAUUGUUAAUCCCUCUAAUCAACAGGGUGAUGACGAACCAGAGAUCCCCAUAGAUGGAACAGAAUUAUCUCACUACCGUCAGCGUGCCCUCCUGCAAUCACAGCCAGUUCGCCGGACGCCUCUCCUCCACAAUUUCCUGCACAUGCUGUCCUCCCGCUCUUCUGGCAUCCAGGUGGGAGAGCAAAGCACAGUGCAAGAUUCUGCUACCCCCUCACCCCCACCGCCUCCCCCUCAGCCCUCCACGGAGCGCCCCAGGACUUCCGCUUACAUCAGGCUCCGACAGCGGGUCAGUUACCCCACAGCCGAGUGCUGCCAGCACCUUGGGAUCCUGUGCCUUUGCAGCCGCUGCUCUGGCACGCGAGUUCCUUCCCUCUUGCCACACCAGGACAGUGUCCCCCCUGCUUCUGCCAGAGCUACUACCCCUUCCUUUUCUUUUGUACAGACCGAGCCCUUCCAUCCCCCGGAGCAGGCCUCGUCAACGCAGCAGGACCAGGGCCUCCUGAACCGGCCGUCUGCCUUCAGUACAGUCCAGAGCAGCACUGCCGGCAACACACUCCGCAACCUCAGUCUGGGUCCUACCCGCCGCUCUUUGGGAGGGCCUCUGUCUAGCCACCCUUCUAGGUAUCACCGAGAAAUAGCUCCUGGGUUGACAGGAUCUGAGUGGACCCGGACAGUACUCAGUCUGAACUCCCGCUCUGAGGCGGAAUCCAUGCCCCCGCCCAGGACCAGUGCCUCUUCGGUGAGUUUGCUGUCUGUGCUGAGACAGCAGGAAGGUGGCUCACAGGCAUCUGUGUACACUUCAGCCACAGAAGGGAGGGGUUUUCCAGCAUCAGGGUUGGCAACUGAGUCAGAUGGAGGGAAUGGCUCCAGCCAAAACAACUCAGGCAGCAUUCGCCAUGAGCUUCAGUGUGACCUGAGACGCUUCUUUCUGGAGUAUGACCGGCUUCAGGAGUUGGAUCAGAGCCUGAGUGGGGAAGCUCCCCAGACCCAACAGGCCCAGGAAAUGCUCAACAAUAACAUUGAAUCUGAGAGGCCAGGCCCUUCCCACCAGCCCACCCCACACAGCAGUGAGAACAACUCCAACCUGUCCCGUGGCCACCUGAAUCGCUGUCGUGCUUGCCACAAUCUCCUGACCUUCAACAACGAUACCCUGCGCUGGGAAAGAACCACACCUAACUACUCCUCUGGCGAGGCUAGCUCCUCCUGGCAGGUCCCCAGCUCCUUUGAGAGUGUGCCAUCAAAUGGCAGCCAGUUGCCACCUCUCGAGCGGACUGAGGGCCAAACGCCCAGCUCCAGCAGGCUGGAGUUGAGCAGCUCUGCUAGUCCGCAGGAGGAGAGGACUGUGGGGGUGGCCUUUAACCAGGAGACAGGCCACUGGGAAAGAAUUUACACCCAGUCCAGCAGAUCUGGAACUGUGUCACAGGAGGCCUUACAUCAGGAUAUGCCUGAGGAAAGCUCUGAGGAGGAUUCACUCAGGAGGAGGCUGCUGGAAUCUUCCCUCAUUUCAUUAUCCCGUUAUGAUGGAGCAGGAUCCAGAGAGCACCCAAUUUACCCAGACCCAGCGAGAUUAUCUCCUGCUGCAUACUACGCCCAGAGGAUGAUCCAGUAUCUCUCACGGAGAGACAGUAUUCGCCAGCGCUCCAUGCGCUACCAACAGAACCGUCUCCGUUCUUCCACCUCCUCCUCUUCCUCAGACAACCAGGGUCCAUCAGUAGAGGGAACCGACUUGGAAUUUGAGGACUUUGAGGACAAUGGUGACAGAUCCAGGCACCGAGCUCCACGCAAUGCCCGGAUGUCUGCACCUUCGCUUGGGCGCUUUGUUCCAAGGCGUUUCUUGUUGCCUGAGUACUUGCCUUAUGCUGGGAUUUUUCAUGAACGUGGACAGCCUGGCUUGGCUACUCACUCUUCUGUUAACAGGGUCCUGGCAGGGGCAGUGAUCGGUGAUGGACAGUCUGCUGUGGCCAGUAACAUUGCCAAUACUACCUACCGGCUCCAGUGGUGGGACUUCACCAAGUUUGACCUCCCUGAAAUCAGUAAUGCUUCCGUGAAUGUGCUGGUGCAGAACUGCAAGAUCUACAAUGAUGCCAGCUGUGACAUUUCUGCAGAUGGCCAGCUCCUGGCAGCUUUCAUCCCCAGCAGCCAGAGGGGCUUUCCCGAUGAAGGCAUCCUGGCAGUGUACUCCCUGGCCCCCCAUAACCUGGGCGAAAUGCUCUACACCAAGCGAUUUGGUCCCAAUGCCAUUUCGGUGAGCCUUUCCCCAAUGGGCAGAUAUGUAAUGGUGGGUUUGGCCUCACGAAGGAUCCUGCUGCACCCCUCCACAGAGCACAUGGUGGCCCAGGUCUUCAGGCUGCAACAGGCCCAUGGUGGAGAGACCUCUAUGAGGAGAGUUUUCAACGUCCUUUAUCCCAUGCCUGCCGACCAGCGGAGACAUGUCAGUAUCAACUCUGCCCGUUGGCUGCCUGAGCCAGGGCUUGGCUUGGCCUAUGGUACUAACAAAGGAGACCUGGUGAUCUGCCGACCAGAGGCCUUAAACUCUGGUGUUGAGUACUACUGGGACCAGCUGAACGAGACGGUCUUCACUGUCCAUUCCAACAGCAGGAGCAGCGAGCGGCCUGGAACCAGCAGAGCCACAUGGAGGACAGACAGAGACAUGGGGCUGAUGAAUGCCAUUGGGCUGCAGCCCCGGAACCCUACCACCUCAGUGACAUCUCAGGGCACCCAGACUCUGGCCCUUCAGCUGCAGAAUGCCGAAACACAGACUGAGAGGGAGGUGCCGGAGCCAGGGACAGCCGCCUCAGGUCCUGGUGAAGGUGAGGGUUCAGAGUAUGGUGCCAGUGGAGAAGAUGCGCUCAGCAGGAUCCAGAGGCUGAUGGCGGAGGGCGGCAUGACGGCCGUGGUGCAGCGGGAGCAGAGCACCACCAUGGCCUCCAUGGGCGGCUUCGGCAACAACAUCAUCGUCAGCCACCGCAUUCACCGCAGCUCUCAGACGGGCACUGAACCUGGUGCCGCCCACACCUCCUUACCCCAGCCCUCCACCUCUCGGGGACUGCUCCCAGAGGCCGGGCAACUGGCAGAGCGAGGCCUAAGCCCCCGGACAGCUUCCUGGGACCAGCCUGGUACCCCUGGGCGGGAGCCAACCCAGCCAACCCUGCCCUCUUCCUCCCCUGUCCCCAUUCCUGUUUCCCUUCCCAGCGCUGAGGGACCAACCCUCCACUGCGACUUGACCAAUAACAACCACCUUCUGGAUGGUGGCAGCAGCAGGGGGGACACUGCAGGCCCUAGGGGAGAGCCACGGAACAGGUAGAGACAAACGUUGCACUGGUGCCUCCCCUCGAACCGCCAAGCAGAAACCGGACCUCACAGCUGACUGGGAACUGGACACGUGGAAGAGCUGCUGGCUGCAUCAGGGAACAGGAGAAGGAGGGUCGGGGUGGAGAGGAAGAUCAGUCAAUGGGCACGAGACAGUCGAAUGGGCAAGGCAUGCCUCGGGGAACUAGAACCUUCCAGGAUCUGGAGCCCGGGAGAGCCACACUGUGGGCUUAAUGUGAAUAGAGGAGCAAGUGGGUAUCUCUGCCAGGCACCCCACUUUCUCCUAGUAACAUGGGCUCAGGGGACUCAUCCCUGGACAGAGCCUUCAGAGAGUGAACAGUCUUCCAGAUCUGGGCCAAUCAUCCUGGACAGAGGCCCGCGAGGCAGCUUUGCCCUGUCCACCUGUUGGGUGGGCAGAGCCACCAGGAACCCAGAAACAGGAGGAGUGGCCUGGCCCCCAGAAACCACCUCCAACUCUGAGCCUUCCAGAGCUUCAGCCUCUCUUCGUCGUCUUACCCCACUGAAACCAACAGGGGGUCGGGCCAGGCUCCCAGAUUCUUGAGGACAGGGACUUUGGCAUUUACUAAUGGGGGACUACUGUGGGGUAAGGGGGCAGCCUGCUUGCCUGAUACAGGAUGGGGUCAAGGGACAGUGGGCAGGUCCUCACUCAGGAGUGGGGGGUGUAGGCUGGCCGGCCCCCAGGGCUUGUCCACCCAUCUUCUCCUCCCCCCAAGGCCCUCGGAGCAGCGCCUGUGGGUGUCAGUAUUACCUGAGCCUAGGCCAAAGCUAGCCCAAGGCUGGGGAAGGGGAGGAGACUCCAGGUCAGAAUGUGAGGUCUCAGUCUGUGAUUUAAGGUGUUGCAUGUGGACUCUUAACUGUACGUGUAGUUUCUAGUGGAGAAAUCAAGGCUCUGAUCAUUUUGUUUUUAGUAUGAAAAUGUGAUUUCCUUUCUGUUUGUAACUCAUCAUAGAAACAUUGUGGUGGGAGGAGAGGGGAUAAUCUACAGCUAAUGAGGGAAACACCAAAGAUCACAUCAUUAAAAUGAUGACAUGCCCCUC